AUGGCAUCUGCUGCGCGUGAAAUGGUAAAGUCUAGAAAAAAAGAACUCAAAAUGACGCCAGAUAUUGUAUUGACAUUAGGUCAGAAAUUUGAGACGAGCACUAUUUCAACGUCGCCUCCCACGACCACAUCCACUGUUCCAUCGACAGUAACUGUCGAGAGAGCUACUACGCCUCCCUGGACAAUGCCAGCAUUGCGAUCGUGGAAGAGCUCUACGUCAUCCACAGUUAUUCCACCUAUUCCCACAGAGGAUAACGUUAUACCACUCAUCGGAACAGUCUCCAGUGACAAUCGUGAACCCAAUCAUGAUACAUCAGUAAAAUGGGAAAAAGACAUUAUAAUCCGAGCGACAGUAACUCCGGAACCGAUCACAUUGCGUAGCGUAUUAAAAUAUUAUUCUAAAACGCAAAUACCUUCAGAGAAAUCAGUUUUUGUUACAAAAGGGUUUGAUGAUGUCCUUAUUACAACAAAAGCAACAACAGCUAGGACGCCUGUUACGACUGAGUUUGCAACUACUAGUGAAAAUUCCAAAUUAAGAGAUUUGAAAGAUACCAUGCUGUCGGUAGAUGAUGACGACGAAUUUAAGGAAUCGCUGGAAGUAGAUGAAGUUUUUUCACUUCCUCCACUGAAGCCAGAUUACGCAGCUGCUGGCCUUGAUUCUGAUGAAGUGACGGUGGCAAAGGCCGGCGACGCAGGCUGGUAUGGAGCACGUUGGCCAUUCGUUGACACGUCAUCUUAUUUCCAAUGGACGGGUUACUCUCCUGGCGACAACUUACUGCUGCCGUUGCUAGUGGCAGCCCUGUCAUCUAUUGCAUUGGUGCUGUUGCUGGCUCUCGCUGUACGUCGACGUAAGCGCUCACAAAUCGCCUCCUCGAAACUUGGUUUGACCGCGGAUCUUCAAGCUGACGACAACACCAACCUGUUGACGGCAGAAAACGCCGAAGACGGCGACGGUGAGGGCGAGGAGUGA